AUGCCCGAGAGUACCCUUAGACGAGGCAUUCGCAUCGCCAUUGAUCGCGGCGGCACAUUCUGUGACGUCUUUGCCACGAUUCCUGAUCACAAGCCGCUCGCCUUCAAGAUCCUCAGCUCAGACCCGUCCAACUACGCUGAUGCACCCACCGAGGCCGUUCGGAGAGUACUCUCGGUGGCUCGGGACCGUGACAUUCCACGCAGCGAGCGCAUCGAUCUUGGCGACGUCGAGUCCAUCCGAAUGGGCACAACAGUUGCCACGAAUGCACUGCUGGAGCGCAAAGGGGAGCCGACGGCCUUCUUAGUCACCAAAGGCUUCCGCGACCUUCUCGUCAUCGGCAACCAAAGCCGACCCGACCUUUUUGACCUGAGUGUGCGCAGGGUAGACGCAAUCCCGUCAGCCACCGUCGAGGUCGACGAGCGAGUCGUGCUGGCAGGCGACUUUGCAUUACCCGACCUGCCAAUCAUCCCCUGCAAUGGUUCCGACAGCGUGCAGAUCGAAAGGGCCCUCGACAUGGCCGCGGUAGAGAGAGACCUGCGCCAGUUGCACUGCCAAGGCUAUCGCUCGCUCGCAGUCGCCCUCCUUCAUUCGUACCUCUAUCCACAGCAUGAGCUCCUGAUCGGUCAAAAGGCAAUCGAGGUCGGCUUCGAGCAUGUCUCGCUGUCGUCACAGGUUGCGCCUGUGAUCAAGGCUGUUUCGCGUGCCCACUCGGCCACGGCGGACGCCUACCUCACACCAGAGCUGAGACGGACGGUCGACGCCUUCCUUGGCAGCUUUCACAAUAUCCAGCCUGGCAUGGUGCAGUUCAUGCAGAGCGACGGAGGUCUCGUCUCGGCGACGAGCUUUUCGGGCUUACGCGCCAUUCUAAGCGGGCCGGCAGGAGGCGUCUGCGGUCUGGCGGCUACCUGCUUCGACGAGGAAGACGGCACACCCGUUAUUGGAUUCGAUAUGGGCGGCACCUCGACCGAUGUCUCGCGCUACGAUGGCUCUUUUGCCCACGUGCUCGAGACGACAACGGCAGGUGUGACGAUCCAGACGCCACAGCUGGACAUCAACACCGUGGCUGCAGGCGGUGGCUCGAUUCUCUUCUGGCGCAACGGCAUGUUUGCCGUGGGUCCUGAAUCGGCUGGUGCACAUCCAGGACCCGCCUGCUACCGCAAGGGUGGCCCGCUGACCAUCACCGAUGCAAACUUGAUGCUGGGACGCAUCAUCCUUGACUCGUUUCCCUGCGUCUUUGGCCCCAACGAGAACGAGCCGCUCGACGUCGAAGUGGUCAAGGCCAAGUUUGCCGCCCUAGCAGAAGAGAUCUCGGCCGACACUGGCAAGCCUAUUGCUGCCCACGAAGUGGCUUUGGGUUUCAUUGCCGUCGCCAACGAGUCCAUGUGUCAGCCUGUGCGGGCACUUACGGAAGCGAAAGGGCAUUCUCUCGCAUCGCACAACCUGGCCGUGUUCGGUGGCGCCGGAGGACAGCAUGCAUGCGGUAUUGCCGAAGCGCUCGAGAUCGAGCGGGUCCUCCUGCAUCGUCACGCCUCCAUCCUGUCGGCAUACGGCAUUGCCCUUGCUGACAUGGUACAGGACAAGGUCGUGGCCUUCCAUGUCGUUUAUGAGCCUACAUCGAUGAGCAAGAUCAAGGAAAAAGUGCAGCAGAUGAAAAAGAGCGCGCUUCAGGAGCUGGUGGCCAACGCGGCACCCUUUGCAUCGACCGAGGUGGAAGUCUUUCUCAACAUGCGCUUCGACGGCACCGACACCAGUCUGAUGGUCCGCCAGCAGGAAAAUGGCACCGACUGUGCCGCUGUGUUCCACCAGCAACACCAGCGCGAGUUCGGCUUCACUCUGCAGACCCGCAAAAUCGUUGUCGAGGAGAUCCGCGUCCGUGCCGUCGGUCGGACUGGCCUGCCAAAGUCGUCGAAUGCACUGAUGUCGACCAUCGGCAAAAUCAUCAGCAGACCCAUCCAGGAACCCACCGAUGGAUGCAAACGGAGGCACGUCUACUUUGCCCAGCAUGGCUGGAUCGAGUGCCCAGUCUUCGAGCUCUCUGAGCUGCAGACACCCAAUCUGCACCUGGCAGGCCCGUGCAUGAUGAUUGACAGCACCCAAACCAUCGUCGUCGCGCCGGGCUACACGGCCGCAAUUGCACCCGAGCACGUUGUGCUCAACCGUGCACCGCGAGCGAAGGUGCCUGAGACACCCAAGCUCCUUGACGACAAUGACGCCGUGACGUUAUCUAUUUUUGCACACAAGUUCAUGAGCAUCGCCGAGCGGAUGGGUGGCGCGCUACAGAAGACGUCGGUCUCCGUCAACAUCAAGGAGCGACUUGACUUCAGCUGUUCCAUCUUUACCGCCCAGGGUGACCUCGUCGCAAACGCACCCCACGUGCCAGCCAUGCUGGGUUCGAUGGCGUUUGCAGUCAAGUACCAGCUAGCGCUGUGGAAAGGCAAGCUGGCGCCUGGCGAUGUGUUGCUUUCCAACCAUCCGGUCGCUGGAGGGGUACAUCUGCCCGACAUGACGGUCAUCACCCCAGUGUUCGAUGACGGCGAGCUCAUCUUCUGCCUCGCCAGUCGUGGUCACCAUGCCGAUGUCGGUGGAAUUCUCCCUGGCUCGAUGCCGCCCCACUCCAAAACAAUCUUUGACGAGGGCGCUUCGAUCGAGUCACUCAAAGUAGUGGAAGCGGGCACGUUCAAGGAGGAAGAGCUCACGAGGCUCUUGGUCGACGAGCCGCAGAAGCAGCCGGGCGGGCACGGUACCCGCACCCUCGCCGAUAACGUCAGCGAUAUCCGUGCCCAGAUUGCUGCAAACAAUCGCGGGUCCCAUCUGCUAGGCCAGCUCGUCAAUACCUACGGCCUUGCCAGCGUGCAGUCACACAUGAAGGGAAUCCAACGCAAGGCCGAGGGCGCAGUCCGUAAGCUGCUGCGCAACUUUGGCCAGCUGCGCAACUUCCAGCCGGCCACUGCCGUCGACUACAUGGACGACGGCACGCCCAUCAGGCUAGAGAUAGCUAUCGAUGAGCAGGGUGGCGCGGUCUUUGACUUUACUGGGACAGGUCCCGAGGUGCUUGGCAACUGGAAUGCGCCGACGGCGAUCUGCUUCUCUUCGAUCAUCUACGCACUGCGCAGCAUGCUGGCAACGGACAUGCCCCUCAAUCAGGGCUGCUUGGACCCACUCAAAGUCAUUGUGCCGCCCAACUCGCUCCUGUCGCCCUCGCGCGAUGCAGCUGUGUGCGGUGGAAACGUACUGACGUCGCAGCGCAUCACCGAUGUCAUCCUCAAGGCAUUUGAGGCUUGUGCCGCCAGCCAGGGCUGCAUGAACAACCUGACCUUUGGCUAUCAGGAUCCAAACGGCGAUACACUGGGGUUCUACGAGACAAUUGCAGGAGGCAGCGGCGCCGGUCCCACCUGGCACGGUACGAGCGGAGUGCAGACGCACAUGACUAACACUCGCAUUGGCGACGCCGAGGUCAUGGAACGACGCUACCCUGUGAUCGUCCGCGAGUUUUGUAUUCGACCGGAGUCCGGAGGAGCGGGUUUACAUCGCGGUGGGGACGGUGUCGUGCGCGAGAUCGAGUUUCGCCGUCCCCUUACCUGCUCAAUACUGUCCGAGAGAAGAUCCCGAGCGCCCUAUGGCAUGGCGGGAGGCCAGGACGCCGACGUGGGACGCAACUACUGGCUCCGUGCUGACGCCAAGCAGCCCGGUGGCUACCUCCCGCCCGUCUCGCUGGGCGGCAAGAAUUCGACCAACAUGAAGCAGGGCGACCGCAUCCGCAUCAUGACACCAGGCGGCGGAGGAUACGGCACGCCCACGCAGGCACAUCUGGCGGACGUAAAGACGGAGAUGCCCUGGGUCCCCGUCGCCAAUGGUUCCUGGUCAGAACGAGCAGCGAUUCAGGCUUCGAACUAGUAGUCAGAGUGCUCUUAGCUACCAUUCUCGUCCAUCUGUGCGGUGAACAUCCUCUCAAUGCCC